GUGACGUUCAGCCGGUAGUUAGAGCUUGUGUCAAGUCCCAGCCGGCCGUUCCCAUGGAAACCGCCCGUUACACCCCCGUUUGGGGGGCGCAGAGCACCGGGCCCGUAGCACUGGGAGAACUCAGGAGCCCAUUGGUUCAAACGCUUCCCCUGGCAGAGACCUCGCCCAGCCGUUCCUGCGCCAGCCCCAGGCCGCGUGGGAUCACCCCAGCCAGUGCCCUGGGGCAGGUCUAGGCACAAGAAGAAAUCAGCGCCGCAGGGAUCUCAGCCAGCGUCCCGGGGAUUGUGCGGGGAUAGCUGACAUUGACGAGUGCCAGCGGAACACCACAAUCUGUGAGCCCCACGGGAACUGCAUCAACACGCCAGGGAAUUACACGUGUAAAUGCAGUGAGGGAUUUGGGAAGAGUCAAAAGGAUAUGGCUAAGAUCUGCACAGACAUCGACGAGUGCAACAAGACCCCAGAUAUCUGCGGCCCCAAGGCCACGUGUAUCAACACCAUCGGGAGCUACCGGUGUGAGUGCCGGGCCGGCUACGUCCCCUCCAACAGGAACACGACCCUGUGCCAAGACAUCAGCGACUGCCACAGGAUCCCAGAUAUCUGCAGCCUCAAGGCCACGUGCAUCAACACCAAUGGGAGCUACUUGUGUGAGUGCCGGGCCGGCUACGUCCUCUUCAACGGGAGCAUCACCCUGUGCGAAGAGCUCACCUGUCCCCCGCUGCUGGAUGAUGACAGCUCUGCCGGAGCCAAGAACCUCCUGGGCAGCUUCCAGGCACAGGUGGGAAGCCUCUGCCAGGUGAUGCUGAAGGAGCUGAAGCAGAUGGAACCACAGAACGCCGAGGGAAAGCUGCAGGGCUUCUUGAACAUUCUGGAGAAGCAGAUAAAUCUGGUCGGGCAGCAGAGCGAGAGCGUGGAGUGGAGACAUCGGAUCGCGACGGAGCUGAUGACCAUAGUGGAGAAGCUGCUGAGAACGCUGGCCCUGACCGUGCGUGAUAGGAUCAGCAUCACAUCCCCCAGUGGCACAGAGCUGGGGCUGGUGGUCAGGCAGGCUGGGAACCAGAGCCAGGAGACUGUGACACUGCAGCAGAGCAAGACGCAGAUGGACUUAAAGUGGGCCGGAGCCCCAGGGCAGAAAAAUGAAGCAGGCGUCACGCUGGCCGGGCUGCUGACAUACCAGGGGAUGAGCCCCAUCCUGGACGGUGCUGGGCGGGUGGAAGCGCCCGAGUGGGACAAGAUCGGCCGGACGGGGAAGUGGGCGCAUGAGCCGGGGCGGCCCAGCUACCGUGUGCUGUCUCCAGUGGUGUCGGCCUUCAUCAGUGACCCGAACCCCCAGGCACUCGGCCUCUCCGUCAGCAUCCGCUUCAGCCACCCGGUGCCGGAGAACAAGACCGACCUGCGCCUCCUCUGCGCCUACUGGGAGCCUGGCAGCAGGCGCUGGGCCACCGACGGCUGCACCCUGCAGAAGUUGAACGCCACCAUCACCCGCUGCCAGUGCAGCCACCUGACCAGCUUCGCCGUGCUCAUGGCCUUCUACGAGCUGGAGGACUGGACCCUGGACGUCAUCACCAAGGUGGGGCUGGUGAUCUCGCUGCUGUGCCUGCUGCUGGCCAUCGUCACCUUCCUCUUCUGCCGCGCCCUCAAGGGCCCCCGCACCACCAUCCACCUGCACCUCUGCCUGGCGCUCUUCAUCGCCUACACCGUCUUCCUCACCGGCACCUCCAGCACCGGCAACAAGGAGGUGUGCGGCGUGGUGGCCGGGCUCCUGCACUAUUUCUUCCUGGCCGCCUUCUGCUGGAUGUGCCUGGAGGGCGCCGAGCUCUACCUGCUGGUGGUUCAGGUCUUCACCCCCCACGGCCUCAGGCGCCGCUACAUGUUCCUGCUGGGCUACGGCGUGCCGGCCCUCAUCGUGGGCGUCUCGGCCGCCACCUACAGCCAGGGCUACGGCACGGCGCGCCACUGCUGGCUCUCGCUGAAGAAGCAAUUCAUUUGGAGCUUCCUGGCGCCCGUCUGCAUCAUCAUCUUGGUCAACGCUGUGAUCUUCGUGGUCACCGUCUGGAAGCUGUCGCUGAAAUUCGCUGACAUCAACCCCGACAUGAGCCAGCUGAAGAAGCUCAGGGUGCUCACCAUCACGGCCAUCGCCCAGCUCUGCGUCCUGGGCACCACCUGGAUCUUCGGCAUGUUCCAGUUCAACCAGCGCAGCCUGGUCGCCUCCUACAUCUUCACCAUCCUCAACAGCCUGCAGGGGCUCUUCAUCUUCCUGCUGCACUGUCUGCUCAAGAAACAGGUGAGGGACGAGUACCGCAGGUGGCUGAGCUGCGGCGGCCUCAAGGGACCAGCCAAGUCCUCCGAGUUCUCCAGCUCAACCACCAUCACGCGGCAGGGGCUCCAGCGGUCGCAGGAGUCAGGGUUGUAGCUCUCUUGCGCUCAGCCCAUUUCUGGACACCGCAGCUUUGCACAUGAGAAAACCCGGCCCCUGCCCCCGGCCUGGCCCUGCCCGUGAGCACAGACCCACCACGCACCUGGACUCGCCGCAUGCAAAUGCUUCAGUGGUUGCCCAGUGGAACCGUUACGCUGCCCAGCUGCCCCCACCCGCUGGGCACUCACCAGCCCCAGGCCUGCGCGCUGCCAGCAUCACCAGCAAUAGCGAUGGCCAGCAGGGCAGCCGCUCAGCUCUGACACAACAUACUCUGGCCACAGGGGGCGCCUUUCCCUUCGGUACGAAAGCUGGGUGCAGGCAGUGGAGAUGAAUCCAGCCAGCAGAGAUGAACCCACUCCCCAGAGGACCCCACCCCUCCCCCAGCACUGCAGCUUCUUAUACCUUCUUAUAUCUCUUGAUGACGGUAUGACACGGCCUGAGCUGAAGGAGGCAAGCGGCCCCCAGGGCUCGGCUGUCUGUGUCUCACUGGUGGCACUUUUUUUUUUAAAAUGAUCUUUUUAAAGUUAUUAAAAUAUUAAGUUUUGUGACAAAAACAGCUGCUUCAAGGAGCCACGUGUGUGGUGUCUGGAGAGAACCCAGGAGUCCUGACUCCCAGCCCCUGCUGCUCUAACCCUCUAGAUGACACGGUCUAAGGGCAGCUGGGCCCACGGUGAUCCUCUGAGUCCAACCAGCUGCAGAACAGGCCCAGCCCUCCCUGGAUUAACUCCUGCUCCAUUGAGAGCAGAACAUCCCGGCUCCAUUUGGAAAGGGCCAGGGCUGAGAAUCCACCACGCCCCCGGGGAAGCUGUUCCGGGGUUAAUUUACCCUCCCUGCCCAUUUCCAGUGUGACAAUUUUGAAGAGCUCAUGAUCAAAGUCCCUAUAGACUGACCAAGUCACCCCUUCCGUGUCUCUCUGCUAAUCCAAUUGAGCUCCUGGAGUCUGUCCUACAGGGCAGGUUUGCGAAUCCUCACGGGCCUUCUGGCCUCUCUCCAAUUUAUCAGCAUCUGUCUGGAAGUGGGGACAGCAGAACUGGACACUAGUUAAGCGGCACUCAGACCAGUGCCAGAUACAGAGUAAAAUAACCUCCCUGUUCCUACCUGAGCUUCCCCUCCAUGCAUCCACUGAAAGUUAUUUCAUUAAUAGUAGUAUUAGUUAUUAUUACUGAUCAUUAGUACACAAGGAGACUUCAAACAUUAAAGUUCAGCACCUGCUUUACCAUGGUGCCGAUUCAGAAUUCUUUCCCACACCCCAAGCAGGAGCUCCUGAACCACUUUCAGAAGUGCUGUGCCGAGUCUUCAUUUAUUCACUCUGAUUUAAGGUUUUGCGUGCCAGUAAUACAUUUUAACAUUUUUAG